AUGGAAAUUGUUUGGCGUAAUGUAAUUCUUUUCGCUGCACUUCAUAUUGGAGCUGUAAUCGGAUUAUAUCAGCUGAUCUUCAUUGCCAAAUGGCCGACAGUGUUCUGGACAUUCUUUUUGCAUGUAGCAGGUGCGAUUGGUGUUACAGCUGGGGCACAUCGUUUGUGGUCUCAUAGGGCUUAUAAAGCCAAUCUGCCCUAUCGUAUUCUAUUGAUGCUUAUGGACACCACAGCAUUUCAGAAUGAUGUCAUCGAAUGGGCCCGAGAUCAUCGGUGCCACCACAAGUGGACUGACACUCAUGCUGAUCCACACAAUACAAACCGAGGAUUCUUCUUCUCGCAUAUGGGAUGGCUGCUAGUGAAGAAACAUCCACAGAUCAAGGAACAAGGCAAGAAACUCGACUUAUCCGACCUAUUCGCAGAUCCAGUGUUAGUGUUUCAGAGGAAGUAUUAUACUCCAAUGGUGAUUCUGUUCUGCUUCCUUUUGCCAACAGUGAUUCCCGUACGAUUCUGGGGCGAAUCUGUAUUCAUUGCAUUCUAUACGGCGGCGCUAUUUCGUUACUGUUUCCUACUUCAUGCCACCUGGUUCAUUAACAGCGUUGCCCAUAUGUUCGGCUACAAGCCUUAUGACUCCCGUAUAUCUCCAGUGGAAUCAGUGUGGACAUCCGUCGCUGCAGUUGGUGAAGGUGGUCACAACUUCCAUCAUACGUUCCCGCAGGAUUAUCGAGCAUCCGAAUAUUCAUUAAAGUUGAACUGGACCAGCAUCUUUAUUGAUGCGUUCGCUGCAAUCGGAUGGGUGUACGACCGAAAACACGUGUCCGAGGAGUUUAUACGACGACAAUGUGCCAAUUACGGUGAUCCUGAUAAAAGAGGCAAAUGGUCUUCGUAUCUCUGA